AAUUUCUUUUUUAUAUACAACACCAUACAUAUUCUUGAACAUAUAUAUUCAAACAUGCAUUACUAAAUAAUGAUACAAACAUAAAUAGGUAAUGUCACACCCCGAAGUAACUUGCAACCUACUGGCCAGAAAAAAGCUCAAGAUGAUAAAUACGUUUUUUCUCUAAAUGAAAGGCUUCUUGGGAAAAGAAUUCCUGCAAUUACUGAUGAAAACAAAGGAAUUUUUCCUUGUUUCAAUCUAUUCGAAGAAAACAAUGCAAACAUGUCUGGCCAUACCUAUUCCUCGCCAGGAUCAAAACUGAAAGCAAUUGACCCUCUAUUACACAUGGUCCUUGAUCAAUGUGGCCAAGAAAUAUUAGGAGGCCAAAGUAGUAUCAAGUUAAAAACUCCUUUCAUUCCUAGCAGCUCAAUGAAAAUGCAACAUGUACAAACUCCGCAACAAGUUAUUUUUGCCACUGCAUAUGAGCAUGAAUUUUACACAAAACUUACAAGCUCAAAAUGUGAUAACAGCCCAAGAAUUUUUGAAAUUAAAAGUGUAUGGGUAGACCAGAGAACGUUGGCUUUAUCUAUGAAUACAGGCGGUUGGAUUCACCCCUGUGUAAUGGAUUGCUAUGGCAUGUUAACUUCGACCGAGCAAAUUCAUCGUAGAAAAGAAGGAAAAUUUGGUGACAAAGAUAUUCUCAUGCAUGUCGUCAUAAAAGAAGUCACGAAAUUACUGAGGGACCCCAAUUUGGAUUGUUCUAAUCCAGAAUAUAAAAGGAUUUUCUCACUAGAUUAUGUUGGAUACAGAUUGGAAAACGCAGGGCUGGUACACAUUCCAUGUCCAAUUGGAAAAGAGUGGAUACUUAUUGUCGCAAACUUCAUUGAUAAAUCAUUUGAUGUGUUAAAUCCUGAUUCCUCAGUAGGAAAGUUCUCCACAGUAGUUAACACUGUGAUAUUCAAUUUCAAACAACUAUUUGUCAAAUGUUAUCCUGGUUGCUUCAAGUUCAACAUACAUGAUUUUAGUGUUAAGUAUGUUCAUGUGCCAAAGCAAAACUUUAGGUAUGAUUCUGGAAUUUUUGUGAUCCAAUAUAUGAGAUGCUACAAUGGAGUUGAAGUACAACAAUUCUCAAAUGUUGACUUGCAAGCAAUUCGUGAAAAAGUCUCAUGCCAGCUAGUGAUAAACAAAUUUAAUGAGCAACAGGUGCCAAUAGCACGAGAUUUCAUUUCGAAGCAUCUUAAGCAGCUUCAUACAUUUAGUAAUCCGCCCUCCAGUUUGACUGACAAUGACAAACGUUUUGUUAAUGCUUCAGUUUUUCAUGUUCUGUACUACAUAGUAGACUUGCUUCAGGGAACCGACCCGGCUCUGGCUGGCGAACAGUCCAAGGGUGGCAUAUCUGGGAGCUCUUCAGCGAGGCCCAUCGGAGCUGUGCCCAUGGAGGAGCUGAAGAAAUUGCAAGAUGAAAAUAAGCAAUUCUGUUGGAAAGGCAAGCGGUGA